GGGCGGGUCCAGGGUGAUCCGGGUCUCGCGGUGAGAUCUCGCGCUGGUUCUUCCGGGAGGCGUCGUCAUGGUGGCGCCUGUGGUGUACUUGGCGGUGGCAGCUCUGCUUGUCUGCCUUAUCCUCUUCCUGACUCGCAUCAGGAGCCGAGGGGCAACAGCUGGUCAAGAGCCAUUGCAUAAUGAGGAAGAGCCAGUAGUAGCAGGCCGGCUAUCCCAAUUUCGGCCCCUCGAGCCUGAAGAGCAGAGAGCUGGAGGCAGGCCCAGGCGCAGGAGGGACCUAAAUAGCCGCCUUCAGGCCCAGCGUCGAGCCCAGCGUGUGACCUGGGCAGAAGGGGAUGACAAUGAGGAGGAAGGUGCAGUCCCAGACCAAGAGGAAGAAGGCAUUGAGAAGCCAGUGGAAACUCACCUGACAGGGAAAAUUGGAACCAAAAAACUACGGAAGCUAGAAGAAAAACAGGCUCGAAAAGCUCAGCGUGAGGCAGAGGAGGCUGAACGUGAGGAGCGGAAACGCUUGGAGUCCCAGCGUGAGGCAGAGUGGAAGAAGGAGGAGGAACAGCUUCGUCUGGAGGAGGAGCAGAAGGCAGAGGAGGAGAGAAAGGCCCGGGAGGAGCAAGCCCGGCGGGAGCAUGAAGAGUACCUGAAACUGAAGGAGGCCUUCGUGGUAGAGGAGGAGGGUGUGGGUGAGAACAUGACAGAGGAGCAGUCCCACAGCUUUUUGACAGAAUUCAUCAACUACAUUAAGCAGUCCAAGGUUGUGCUCUUAGAAGACCUGGCUUCCCACAUGGGCCUUCGGACUCAGGACACCAUAAACCGUAUCCAGGAUCUGCUGGCUGAGGGCACUCUAACAGGUGUGAUUGACGACCGGGGCAAGUUCAUCUACAUAACCCCAGAGGAACUGGCUGCUGUGGCCAACUUCAUCCGACAGCGGGGCCGGGUGUCCAUCACCGAGCUUGCCCAGGCCAGCAACUCCCUCAUCGCCUGGGGCCAAGAACCCCCUGUUCAGGCUCCAGCCUGACUCCAGCUCUUUCCUCUUGGACUUGAGGCUGGCAUAGCUUAUCUGGCCAUAUAUCUUCAUCCCUCCCUACCGUUUUGGGGCAGUGGUGGAGCAUGGCCAUGAAGUUGUAGAUUAAAGGUCUAUGAGCACUGCUGAGCAUUUUCUAGCUUCAUGUGGUAGAAGGCCUGGCGUAGGAUCUCAGAUAGGCACGUGAAAUCUAGAUAUACGAAUAUCUGAGAGGUGAGGAGGUUUCCUUGCAAGCUAGUGAAUUAUUUCCCCCCCCCCUCUCUUUUUUUCUUUUUUGGCAGUACUAGGCUUUGCUAGUCAUAUACCAUCCUGCCUAGUCAUUGUGUUUCCUUCAUAAUUUGAGAUGACAGAUGUGUGCCACCGUGCCUAACCAUUGAGAUAGAGUUUCAUUAACUUUCAUGCUGGGGCUGGCCUCAAAUAAAAAUCCUCUAAUCUUUA